AUGGAUUCCCAUGACGACGACCCGGUCGUUUCCUCCUACGACGUGUUCCUCACCGACUCGCAAAUUUCUCGAUAUGUCUUCCAAUACCUAGAUCGGCCGCAGUCCAAUCCCUACAACGACAGAGCAGGGCAGAAGCCCGUCGAGCUUCGCAUGAAGCCGCGCACUGGUCUUGUGGAGGUCGAUGUCCCCAUCAGCACCCGCGCAAAUUACGAUGUGAGCAAGGGUCUCCGGUACGGCGAGGCAAUGAAGAAGAGCCGGGCGGCUCGUGAUGGAGGCGCCUAUGGUAUGGCUGGUGGUUUUACCUCGGGGAGUGCCGCGUCUGGAGGAGGCCGUGUGAAGAUGGAGGGCAAUGGGGAUGUCGAGGUGCUGGACAACAAGAAGGUGGUGGACCCGGCUUCGCUGCUGAGGACGCAGCCGCUCGGUGGACGGAUUAAGCCUGCUGAGGAAGGGGAUCCGGUGUACAUGCUGGCUACAUUUAAAGAAGGAAACUUGCAUCUCUCUCCCGUGUCGGCGGUGGUCCAAUUACACCCACAGCUUCACCAUCUCGAUGCAGUGGACGAGAUCCCCAAGGGACGGACUUCGCGGACCAAGAAAGAUGACGAUGAACGGCCCGCGGAGAGCGAGGCACGCGCGAUCGAUGUCAAAAUCAAGGCUGCUGAAGAUGGCAAUGCGGCUAUGAUUGGUGGCAAUCUGGAUUUGCUCAAGAAGAUUCAGGAAGAGAAGUGGAAGACAUACGACUGGGUUGAUGCAGAGACCGAGGAGGCAUGGUACACGUACGAAAGCUAUAUGAUGCACCACCACCCCGAAGAAUUGCCGCAGCUGGAGUCGGCGAUCAACAGCGAGGCUUACCUGGAUGGAAUGAGUGCGCCUCGGAUUGACCCCGCAAGGCCAGAGCUGACUGGGUGGGCGAUGAAACAAAACCGACAGAAGCAACGAGAAGGCGAAGACGGGUGA